CGCUUUGUAUCCUAUUUUCAAAACGAUCAAGUUACCUCUCUCCAGAAGACGCCUAGUCAUACAUGUACAAUAGUCGGGGCGGAUCAAUGUAUUCUGUGUUGUAAAGAAGAACGUAUUAUGAUAUCAGAGAUGCAAAGGUAGUGAUGUUUCAGUAAUUUUCAGGUAUUCAAAAUUGAUGAAAAAUGGCUGAAGGUUUCUUACAAUAUGUACAUGAAAGUCGUUGCAAAUUUCGAUUUGAGGCAGAUAGAACAUCAACUGACGAAAUCGAGUCUGGAAUAAGGUCCUUGAUUAACGACAUUGUGAAAAGCAUUGAAGAAAAAGCUCCAGAAUUCAAAAUAUUAGACAUAAUUCCAACCGGAAGCUCUUAUGAAGAGACAAAAAAUGAAGCACCUAACGAGUUUGAUUUCAUGCUGGUCUUGAAAGAGUUAUCAGGACCUGGCAAACUUAAUUUACACCAAGGUUGUUCGGACUGGUAUCCACAAAUUGAACUUAAAAAAGACGUGAGCUUUCCUCGAAAAUACAUGGUAAAUGUCAAUUAUACAAAUAGACAUAACCAGUAUGAACAAUUUCUAGGAAGUCCGCGAAUUGUUGUCCAAAACUUUUGGAAGAGAAUACAACAAUUAAUCCAAGAAACGACAUUUGGAGUUGACACACCACGAGGAAAAUUAUCUGUAAAACAUUGUGAAGGCAGAAAGCUAGUUUUUGCAUAUAUACAUGACCUUGAGAAUGCCCUUAAAAAAACAAACUACGAUCCAGAAGCAGAAAAAGCAAUAGUAUUUAAGGGACAUGUUGAUAUUGGUGUAGACUUAAUGUUAGCAGUUGAACAUCCACAUAUAGCAGAUAUUCUUAGUCGACGUGGAUUUCCAUCAACAUUUGAAGAUUUACUUUCUAAGAGUAAAUGUCAUAUCGUUGCAAAGGCAUGUCACACCGAACACGGUGCAAAUGGAAAGUGCUGGUUCAUUUCAUUCUCCGCCAUGGAACGCGAUUUGGUAUACGAUAUGGAUCCGCAUCAUAAACAAUGCUACAAGAUUCUUAAAUCAUUGUUUGUAUGUGAGAUUUCAGCAUCUAGGAAGAUUAUGAAUCUUUCGUCCUAUGUAUUGAAAACUGCAUUUUUGUUCCAUGUCCAUGGCGAUAAUAGAUGUAAAAAGUCGAAUUUGUCGGUAUGUAUAAAAGAAGUCCUUGAAUAUUUGUCUUCGAAUCUGUUUCACGUCAAAAUGCCAUGCUUCUUUGCAAGAGAUAUGAAUACAUGGGGACAUCUUCUCGAAACGCCUCGUUUUAGUUGGACACCAUCUGGAAAUUUAAAAGAUAUGCCUCACCCGUUUGAACUAUGCUGGAUAAAACUGAUGUUUGAAUUUAUCAACUACCUGAAAUCGGCCGUCUAUGAGAACCGCAUGGCUGGAACUCUCAAAACGAAAGACGACUACGAAAAGCUAAUUUCCAAGUGCAAUUAUUUCAAGGCAGCGGCCAGCUGCUUAAUAAAACUAUAUUCAGACCGAUUCCAAUACGAGGUAUACCGACUGGAAGAAGGUCAUCGUACUUUAAGUGCAUGCAACGAUGGAUUUUUUUACGAUUAUCUUGAGCAUCUAAAGAAGUGUUUUGGUUUUGAACUUCUUUUUCUCAAACAAUAACCUGCAUGAUAAUUAAUAAAGGUGGAUACAGUAUUUACAUUUACAGUAUUUAGUGUAUAUACACUGUAUAUCUUUCAAACGCCAAAUAAUUUAUGAAUUAUAGCGUAUGUUGUUUUAUUGUUAAUAGUGAUCUGCUAUCUUUUCUGUGAUGUUUAGAUUUAGGUGAAUUUAUAUUAUGAUGUUUUGAUUGAUGUUGUAACCCCCCCCC